CCAAUAACAUGUUCUCCCCUUUUUAAUGGUGUUUUGAUUACCUCUCCAUCCUAAUAAGGUAAUACCAACAUUUUUAGUCACAAAACCCAAAAUGUUGAAACCAAUUCAAAACGCUAAGGACACCUUUCUUCUUUCCGCCUAAAUUUUCUCUCUCAUUCGCCAGAACCUCCAAAAAAAACCCUCACGGAAUUUUUUUACCAGACUCUCUUUCUUUUCAAAUUAGGGUUUCGAAAUCUCGCACCAGAUCCGCCAUUAUCUCAACCUUCCAUUCGUUAUACUCGCAUUUGCAUGAAUCUCAUCCGAAUUCUAACUCCAUCGCCGGUUAGGCCAAUUCCUAGUAAUCUGUAAUCAUCGGCGAUGUCUUCCAAACCUUCGCGCUCGAAUUCUGCUUCUUUUAGCAGAUCGGAACCAGUCAAGGAUGCACUGAUGUCGGACCCUGCGACGGUUAGUGUGAUGCCGAAAGAGAUUAUUAAGGUUAUAGAUUCGUUGAAGCAACAAGUAGAAGCUCAACGUCAAAUUUAUAUCAAGAAUUCAAUCGAGGAUAAUAGGCAGAAGUUGUCUAGAGUGACUUUAGCGAAGGAACGAAGAAACGUUGUACCAUUUGACUUGGAAAAGAAUGCAAAUUUAUUACUUAAACGGCAAAAUGGUGCCAUUAAAAUGCACAAUGGUCUUGGAGUUGGUAAUAAAAAUGAUGAUGAUGAUAGCAAUGGUUCACAUGAAGAUUCAGCUGUUCUUUUAGGGGCUUCUGUCCCUGUUAAAAAUACGGUUCGAGCUAUUAAACUUCCUGAAGUCAAGAGACUUCCGCCAUAUACAACAUGGAUAUUUUUGGACAGAAACCAAAGGAUGACAGAAGACCAAUCUGUGGUAGGUCGAAGGAGAAUUUAUUAUGAUCCAACUGGCGGGGAAGCUUUGAUUUGCAGUGACAGUGAGGAAGAAGUGAUUGAAGAAGAGGAAGACAAGAAGGAAUUUGUUCGAUCAGAAGAUUACAUUCUGCGCAUGACAGUGCAGCAAGUUGGUUUAUCAGAUGCAGUUUUGGAUUUGCUCGGGCAGUGCUUUUCCAGAAAACCUAGUGAUAUCAAGGCAAGAUAUGAAGUUCUUUGUGAGGAAGAGAAGACCAAGGCAGGUCUAAUGGAUGGGGAUACUGUUGAGACUUUAGAAAAUUUAAACCCGUAUAUUGAGAAAGAUUUGGAAGGAGCUCUGGAUUCUUUUGACAAUUUGUUCUGUCGCCGGUGUUAUGUUUUUGAUUGUAGAUUGCAUGGAUGCUCACAGGAUCUCAUAUUUCCUACUGAGAAACUGCAUCCAUGGAGUUCUUCAGAGGAGGCAAAUGUACCAUGUGGGCCACACUGCUAUCGAUUGGUCCCCAAAUGUGAAGAGAAUUCUGCAGCCAACUCUAAAAAAUGUGUUGGCUCUGAAGCAAAUCUUGGCCCUUUAAAUGAUGCUUCGUUUGAGGUCUCACCAAGGAAGAAGUCUACUGGAUCCUCAAACAAGCGAAAGGGGAAAUCUACUCAAAGUGAAAGUGCCUCGUCAAAUGCUAGAAAUGCAUCCGAUAGUAGUGAUUCGGAUGAGAAACUUUCUCAAGAUAACACCAGCAUUGGCCAGAAUAAGAGCAAGUCUGGCGGGAAAUCGGGUGCUCGGAAAAGUAGGAACAAGCGUGCUGCUGAAAAAAUACUUGUUGCUAUACAGAAGAGGCAUAAGAAAAUGUUGGCUCAAGAUGCUGAUUCAGCUAGCGCUGGACCUACUUUGUCCAGAGAUAUCAAACUUCGUUCCCGGACACGGAAAGAAGAUGAAUUUGCAAGUUCAUCUCCACAUAAGAAAGGGAAUUUGAGUACUAAUGAAAGGUCAAAGAAAGGUUCCCUUGCCUUGUGCAGUUCCAAAUCCAUAAAUUGUGGGGGUUCUAGUGAUCCUCUAAUUAUGGCAUCAAACAGUCAGUCUACUGGUAUUUUGGAUUAUGUGUCAAGGAAAGAGGAACUUGUAGAUGAAAGCCCAGGGAAACGGGAACUAAAUAAUGAUAAAUCUUGGAAGGCUCUUGAAAAAGCUCUUUAUGAAAAGGGUUUAGAGAUAUUUGGCAAGAACAGUUGUUUGAUCUCUAGAAACCUUUUAAAUGGAUUGAAAACAUGUUCAGAGGUCUACCAGUACAUGACUCUUUUGAAUACUAAGCUAUCCGGUCAAAUUGGUGAAGAUGGAACUAACCUUGACUGCUCUGAAGCUAUGGGCGAUGAAGACAGGGGAAGAUCAAGAUAUGUUCGGAGGAGAGGUAGAGUUCGUCGUUUGAAGUACACUUGGAAGUCUACUGGCUAUCAUUCAAUUAGAAAAAGGAUUUCAGAGAGGAAAGAUCAGCCUUGUCGUCAAUAUAAUCCUUGUGGGUGUGGGACUGCUUGUGGGAAGCAGUGUCCAUGCCUUUUAAAUGGCACAUGCUGUGAAAAAUACUGCGGGUGUCCUAAGAGCUGCAAAAACAGAUUCCGGGGCUGCCACUGUGCUAAAAGUCAGUGCAGAAGUCGUCAAUGUCCUUGCUUUGCUGCCGAUAGGGAAUGUGAUCCAGAUGUCUGUCGUAAUUGUUGGGUUAGUUGUGGUGAUGGUACACUUGGUAUCCCGAAUCAAAGAGGUGACAAUUAUGGUUGUAGAAAUAUGAAGCUUUUGCUCAAGCAGCAGCAGCGGGUUCUACUUGGUAGGUCUGAUGUUUCUGGGUGGGGAGCUUUUCUUAAGAAUGGUGUUGGAAAACAUGAAUACCUCGGAGAGUACACUGGGGAGUUAAUCUCACAUCGGGAAGCUGACAAACGUGGCAAGAUAUAUGAUCGUGAAAAUUCUUCAUUUCUUUUCAAUUUAAACGACCAGUUUGUUCUUGAUGCUUAUCGGAAAGGCGACAAGUUGAAAUUUGCCAACCACUCCCCUGAUCCAAAUUGCUAUGCAAAGGUUAUUAUGGUUGCUGGUGAUCAUCGGGUGGGCAUAUUUGCAAAGGAACGAAUAAAUGGUGGGGAAGAACUGUUCUACGACUACCGUUAUGAGCCUGAUCGAGCUCCAGCAUGGGCUCGGAAACCUGAGGAUGCUGUAUCCAAAAAAGAUGCCGCAGGACCUUCCAGCGGCCGUGCAAAGAAACUAGCUUAAUUCCAUCAGUUAUGAUUUGAUUCAAAGAAUUCAUUUUGUCAUUCUUUACAGGUCGAGCAUAUAAUUUAUAUCGCCAGAUAAAAUCCUAACUACUGACGACCCUGUGAAGGGGAAAAUUUUGAAUUCAUUUCAAAUUCUAACUCAAUUGUAUUUAUGCACAUUGCGAAAAGGAUGCUGAGUUCGCCUAUUUAUUUGAAUAUGUGAUUCUUAUUGAAUCAAGUGAAACAUAUAGUGAUUUACUGUAUAGUUAUGUAUUGUUUGUUAUAUUAUAGUAUAGUAUAAAUGCAUCUCAUUUUUUUCCUGUGUCAA